AUGUAUAAUACCCCAUCGAAUUCAUUAAAUACAUCGACGACAACAGCACCCAAACGACUGGGGCAUGCUCGCAAAUUAAGCCAUGUUCAAUUUGGAAAACGGUCUUACGUCCAUGAUGACUACACUACGUCUUCCUCGCUCAUGAUAUCCUUUGACGAGCUACAUCCACCAUCAGCAGCAGAGCAUAAAAAAGGCAUGUCGUUCUCAAGCGACAUCACGGCCACAGCACAUCUACCGCUUACUACCAUCACACCAAACGCUUCAUCUUCCAUCCACGAUCCAGAGAAACCACCCAAAAGGCGACAAAGACAUUGGCUGGUCUCUGCCUCGUAUUGGGGUCCAUUCUCCAAAGGGGACCACUGGCCGUUAUUCACUUACUUGAUGGCCAUUUUCAUGAUUAUCAUAUUUUCAGGCGAAAUCCUGCUAAGCAAAGAAAGCUCAGGAGAGUUUUUCGAACUAGAGCCUUUCAAUUAUAUGUUGGGUCCAUCCAUGGAGAUCAUGAUCCAGGUCGGUGCGCGUUUUGCUCCAUGCAUGCGCCAUGUAGAUUCGAUGCCGCCAGAUGAACGCUAUGUAUGUUUAGACACCAUUGCCGAGAAAAGCAAAACUCCCAGUACUGCAGCUACUGCUGUCGCUGCAUCAGGUAAAAGCAACAACAACACAACAUUAGCUGGUGGUCAAUCGCUGUUGCUGCUAGACCAAGUAGUUAAUCUAGCCGAUCCUCGAUUACUCAACUCCAGUUGCUCGCUCUCAUCGAUUUGUGGCAUGACAACGUUUCAUCAAGAUCAAGUGCCAGAUCAGACGUAUCGCUUAUUGACACCUCUUUUUAUUCAUACCGGGUUAAUUCAUCUCAUGAUCAAUUUGGCUGUGCUUGUAGUAUUGGGUGCCAAGGUAGAAAGGAUCAUCAAUUCACUACGAUUCUCAUUAUUGUACAUUGGUUCUGGAAUAUUUGGACAUACACUAGGCGCUAAUUUUGCUCCUCCUACUACUCCUUUUCUUGGUUGCAGCAGCUCCUUAUUUGGCUUGUUUGGUUUCCUGUAUGUUGAUUUACUCCAAAAUUGGAGACAUUUAGAGCAACCUAUUCGCUAUUUGAUCAAGUUAUUACUGGGAACUGCAUUUAGCUUCAUUCUUGGAUUACUGCCUGGUGUGGAUAACUUUUCGCACAUGGGAGGGCUGCUAGCAGGUGUGAUAUUGAGUUUAUUUCUGUGGUCUCCUAUUCAGCUGGAUAUACGUAAUGAAAGAAGAAAAAAGUUGGCCAUCUUUUAUCUAGCAAGAUUACUGUGUCUUUGUUUAUACGGAAUACUGCUGGGUAUACUGGUGCAUCAUUUUACAACAAGCAAAAUCGACGAGGAAUGCUCGUAUUGCCGAUAUUUAUCAUGCUUGCCAAUCAAUGGAUUUUGCGAUUAG